UAUUGUUUGGUUUGAUAGGCGAAGGACGGGAGCGAGAAUUUGGUGGCCGUGAAGAUAUUUUCACUGCAAGACCGCAAUUCGUGGCAAAUUGAACAGGAAGUGUAUCGAUUGCCGCAAAUGAAACACAAAAACCUCUUAACAUAUUUGGGUGCCGAACGCCGGGGCGAAGGGCUCGGCACCGAGUAUUGGCUCAUCACUGAAUAUCACUAUAACGGCUCACUAUGGGAUUACCUCAAAGCCAAUACUGUCGACUGGAAUCAAUUGCUUAACAUAGCUCAAGGAAUUGCCAGAGGCUUAACGCAUUUGCACGAAGAGAUACCGGCGUCUCAUUCGGCAAACUUUAAGCCGACAAUAGCUCACAGAGACUUCAAGUCGAAGAACGUGUUGCUGACCAAACACCUCAACGCC